AUGGAGCCGCUUGGCGGCACCGGAAGGAGCUCAGCCGUUAGGCGUCGCGGAGGCGGCGGCGUGUCGUCCGGGGCUCCAGGUGGGUGGCGGUAGUUGGCUAUCGCCCUGUGGUUGUUACAUAUUUAAAUACAGGAUUUACCUUUUCUUUUAACAGCUUCCGCCGUGUUGCGCAUAGAAGCGCGUCGCGUCGAUGUGAAAACGGUUCGUCUUUUGACGUCACGGCGUCGACUGUGUGACGUCGGAGGCUCUUUCUUGGCGAGGGCCCCCAGACUGAGGACUUAAUGGAUCAUAUCUGCAUUUCCUUCCCCCUUUUGUAUCCAGGGAUCUCGAGGGGCGGAUGCGAGGCAGGCUGGGCCGGGAGGCAGCAGCGGCGCCCCCCCCCCCCGGCCCGUCAGGCGCUGAGGAGCCUGCGAAAACCGCGGCGUGCUCUUUCCUGGUGCGCUCGCGCGCCAGAGCAUUGCCAUUUCGGAAAGGGCUUUUUUCUCCUGGGGGGAGGCUGUCGCAGGCCCUGAGAGAUUUUGUGUGGUCCAUUUAUUUUCAAAAAUCGAUCAAUGUCCAUUUCUUUCUGCUUCUCCUGUGUAUAAAGUUGUUUGAAAUACCUCUGAAAACACUUCCUGAUCUCCACUGGUUUCUGUAUAUUCUUUCCUUCCACUUCCAAAUUCGUAAUAGUAUUGAGUUUUUGUCGCAGGUCCUAGGACGAUGCUGGGUACGCACACAAUUAACACGCGUAAAGCACUUUAAGUCUUCUAGCUGCAGUGCAGAUUUCAACAGACAAGGUAGUUCUUGCCUGCAGGAUCGAAAUAUAGCCGAGGGCAAAGUGCACAAUGCAGCCCAUCAGCUGAUGGAUGGCACCAGUUGGUUCCUCUGCCCCCUUCCAAGUCCUGAAGGUGGAUCAGAUGUAAGUUCCCCCCGUUGCAAAAUUCAGUUCUCACCGGAGUCAGAUGCCUGCAAGCUGGACACGAGUGCCCCAGCGCUCUCCCUGCUUGUGGGCCUCAGCGCCUCUCGCUAAGAGGCCUGCCAUCUCUGGCAGUGGUGCACAGAUAUAGUAGCUACUGCUAGCUCUACCUGCCAUGCCUUUGCCUAAACCCUUUUAAUAGUCAUGCAUCUCCCAGCCACCCUCCCUGAGAGGCAGCAGGUGCUGCUCCCCAGCGGCAAAGGCCAGAGUGGGCUGCUCAUCUGUCCUCCAGUCCCAGGAUAGCAGGCCCCUGGAGCAGAGUGGCCUGGCAGGCCGGCCGGCAGUAAACUCCUUGCAGCUCCCACUUACUUAUGUGAAUAACUUUUAAAAUAUUCUGCUGCCCAAUCAACCAACAGAUACUUCCUAUAUUUGAUCCAAUUUUUUCGUUGGUCUAAGUGACAGAAUGGACUAAACAUUGCAGCCGUAAUAUAUCUAGGCAGCUGGGAAAACACACUCCUCUCCAUCUCUUCCAGGUCUGUGUUGCAGAGUGUGUGUUGGGGAGGCUCUGAGCCAUGGAAUGCCGAGUGCCUGGGGGCUGGGGCCGGCUGGCCUGCAUGGGGAGUGGAGCUCGGUGGGCUGAUGGUUCAUGCACCUGUUAAAACUAAUACUUCUCAUGUCCUUCAGGAACGAGGUGUUUAAUCCAGAGUUUCCAGAGUUGCCCAGAUGGCGUUGCCUACAAUCCCUUCGUUUUGGAGCAACCGCAGCAGAGCCCUUGAGCAGCAGAUUGUGCACCACCGUGAGCAAGAAGCCCGUUUCCGGAAACUGUGGGAACUGAACAGCCGCUAUUUUCAACAGUCUGGGGUCUACAGCUCAAAGCAGGCCCAGUGGAGUUCACGCCACUCCUACAAGCAAAGGCAAGGCUAGGGCAGUGGGGACCCAUAGCAGGGUGGGGAGAAGCAGCAACUUGAAUAAUGCCUGGGUAGAAUUUUUGGCUGCAUUUGCUGUUAACUCUGUCCAAACACAAGAAAGGGAAAGAGCAGCACUGGCAAAGGCCCUGGCCCCUCCUCCACAGCCCUGUUAGCUGUCCCCGGCAGCUGAAAUGCAAGUAAAAUAGCUGAAGUGUAAACAAGCACUAGAAUCUGAGAGAGGGUCAGACUUUUUACACUUCUUCAGGAAAGAAAGGACUGUUCUCUGCAAGCUUGCAGCAAACUGGGAGCAUCAGUGUUGUGUGCCACAACAAAGAGAAUAAAGGUAAAGGGACCCCUGACCAUUAGGUCCAGUCGUGGCCGACUCUGGGGUUGUGGCGCUCAUCUCGCUUUGUUGGCUGAGGGAGCCGGCAUACAGCUUCCGGGUCAUGUGGCCAGCAUGACUAAGCUGCUUCUGGCGAACCAGAGCAGUGCACGGAAACGCCGUUUACCUUCCUGCUGGAGCAGUACCUAUUUAUCUACUUGCACUUUGAUGUGCUUUUGAACUGCUAGGUUGGCAGGAGCAGGGACCGAGCAACGGGGACUCACCCUGUCGCGGUGAUUCAAACCGCCAACCUUCUGAUCGGCAAGUCCUAGGCUCUGUGGUUUAACCCGCAGCGCCACCCGCGUCCCAGUAAAGAGAAUAGGACAUCCUUAAAGAAGUUUAGGGAAGUCAGGGCUGUUUUUAGAAGCUAAACUUGAAAAAGGGAUCAAAGUUGGGACUAGCAGAAUAUUACCAUUUUCAUUUUCGCUUUUCUUUUUUAAAACCUUUGCUAGCAUGACCGCCUAUCACCGUGAGAAGCUUAAGGAAGAGAAGUGUCUCAGCCUGGAGCAGAGACGCAGGCAACUCCAGAAGCUGCUCUUUGAGGAGCGUGAGAUGCUGGCAGCAGAGCUGCAGGAGCUGCAGCUGAACAAGGAUGCAGACCUGAGUGAAAAGAGGCGGAGAAAUGACGAGCUGAAGUCAGCCAGAGAGGAGCGGAGAAAACAAGUCAGUCUGAAAGGAAGACUAUUUCUCAUAGAAUCAGAGUUGGAAGGGAUCCCAAGGGUCAUCUAGUCCAACCCGCUGCAACUUUCCUUCGGUUACAAUAGAGAGACACAUCCUUUGUCAGGGUCUUAAAUCAGAGAGUCUUAAGGGCUCUUCCUCAUAGGACGACAUUCAGAAGCAUUCACAGAAGCACUGGGAGGGCUGAGAGAAUUGUCAGGAGGUGAUCUCUGCCAUGGGAAAUGUUGGUCUGCUCUUCUAAACCAUCUGGGGGGUGCGGGGGUGGGGCACACACCAGCUGAGUGUAAGAAUUUCCCAGGAUGAGGAAGGGAAGGCUGUGUAUCUGCUGGCAAGUCGGGUUCCUCUAUAGGUCUACUUUGUGAGUGCCCCAUUGUCCAUAAGUGCUGCUGCGUUUGCAGGCUUCCCAGAGGCACCUGCAGGAGCCAAAGCUUGACUUGCAGCAGCUUUGGUGGUCAAAGCCACUGUCAUGUUGCCUAGUGAUGCUUCCAGGUCUUGCCAAAGGCUUCCUUUCCCAGCAUCCCAGCAGCAUUCUUCUGCCACUGCAGGCGCAUCCCCAAGCGGUGUCAGUAAUUUCAUUUCCCAUUGCUGAUGUAACAUGAUAUCCAUGCUUACAUUCCUCUACUGUUGUGUACUGUUCUGUCUGAGAACAGAAGUAAACUGGCAAGCGGGUGAGGCUCUGGUGCCGCCUGCAUGAGGGAUUCUGAUUUCUGCUUUUUUAACAGAUUGCAGAGGAUUGUCUGUAUGAGUGCUGGAAGAACAACAGCGCUAAGCUCCGAGAGGUGAGAGAUAAGGGCACAAUCCAGCAUCAUUUUGCCCCAAGGAAUCCUGGGGUGUGUAUGCAUUAGAACAGAAUGCAGCUCUGUCAGGGGGACGAAGUAGGACAGUCUCCUCUUGGGGCAGGAUCCAGGCUGGACCAGCUCCAAGGCAGAGUGCCUUUCCUCAGGCCCUGGUAGGCUUUCUGGCAAGGGGGGCACCAGCAGCACUCUGAGCAACAUGGCUGGGUUGAGCCCCCUGGUGUUGGGUCACUCUGGGACAUUGUGGGGUAUGAGCAUUGUCACCGGACUCUUGCUGCUUUGUGCUGAUGGGAAUAUUUGGCUGGGAAACCUUUCUGAUAAAAAGGUGGCAGCAGGGCAGGUGGCAGUCGUGUGUCCUGUAUCCUGCCCAAGGAUGCUGGGUGCCAAGGCCAACCCUGGCUCCCUGCUUCUUUGUAUCAGGAUGCUCCUGCCCUUUUCCUCCAGCUCAAACCUUGGAAUGGGAAGCAAUGCUGUUGCUCCCCUCUAAAGCAAGUUCUGCAGCUCAAAGGAUGGGGGACGGGUAGCAGUUCAUUGAGACAGCUGAGCUCCUGCUUUCUGUCCCUUCCCACCAGGUUGGGUCCAAACUGCACAAGGAUCACGUGGUGGAGGCCUGGGGAGAUCAGCUGACUCAGAAGCAACAGGUAGGAGCCACAGUGUGCCUCUUUGCAGGCUUCCUGGGCCUGGUGCCCCGUGUCUCCCCUUCUCCCUGCUCCUUCAGCCUUGAGAAGGCAGCAGGCGGACAGGAUGGUCACGCUUCCAUUUGACCCCAAUCCAGCGAGAAGCCACUGAGCGGGAAGAGAAGAUCCGUGCAGAAAACAAAUACGAGGCAGCCCGGAGCGAAGCCCUGGAGAGGAUGAAGGAGGAGGAGGAGAGGCGGAAGCAGGAAGAAAGGAAGCAGGCAGAGUUCCUGCGGCAGCAGAUGAAGGAGCUGCAGCUGCGGGAGGUGGAGGUACAUGCUGGGGCCUGGCAUUGAGGGGAUGGUGCUAGAAAGGGAGCUGGUGGAGGACUGCAAGCGCCAGCCCCCACACCCCGCCCGCCAUCUGUCUUGUCUUGCUUCUCUUUGUGGCAGUCCCCUGGAAGAAAAGUCAGAGAUGAGAUUUGGGGGGGGGGGGGCUGGGGGAAGAGAGACAGUAACUCUGUCCUUGGUGCAGGUGCAGAUCCCUGAACCAAGCCUCUCUCCCUCUAAAAAGCCAAUGCAAUUCUGGGCCUCAUCAAUAGGAGUAUAGCAUCUAGAUCAAGGGAAGUAAUAGUGCCACUGUAUUCUGCUCUGGUCAGACCUCACCUGGAGUACUGUGUCCAGUUCUGGGCACCACAGUUCAAGAAGGACACUGACAAACCGGAACGUGUCCAGAGGAGGGCAACCAGAAUGGUCAAAGGCCUGGAAAUGAUGCCUUAAGAGGAACGGCUAAGGGAGCUGGGCAUGUUUAGCCUGGAGAAGAGGAGGUUAAGGGGUGAUAUGAUAGCCAUGUUCAAAUAUAUAAAAGGAUGUCACAUAGAGGAGGGAGAAAGGUUGCUUUCUGCUGCUCCAGAGAAGCGGACACGGAGCAAUAGAUCCAAACUACAAGAAAGAAGAUUCCACCUAAACAUUAGGAAGAACUUCCUGACAGUAAGAGCUGUUCGACAGUGGAAUUUGCUGCCAAGGAGUGUGAUGGAGUCUCCUUCUUUGGAGGUCUUUAAGCAGAGGCUUGACAACCAUAUGUCAGGAGUGCUCUGAUGGUGUUUCCUGCUUGGCAGGGGGUUGGACUCGAUGGCCCUUGUGGUCUCUUCCAACUCUAUGAUUCUAUAUAUCAGGAGUGCUCUGAUGGUGUUUCCUGCUUGGCAGGGGGUUGGACUCGAUGGCCCUUGUGGUCUCUUCCAACUCUAUGAUUCUAUGAUUCUGCUUCUUCCCAUAUGUGACCACCACAGAAAGUGGGAUUUAGGGGCAGGCCCCACGUGGCCUUUGGGGGCUAUGAACUGAAGGUAUUUGUUAUAAAUCGACCCAGCUUUGGGUGUCAGUGCAACCCACGCUUCCACGUGGCUGCUCUAGGGCUUUUGGAGCUGAGGAAGAUGUGCCCUGCCAGGAGGAGUGUUGGGUGCCCAGCUGCACAUGCCCACAAUUGGUUGGCUCUUGUGGGGGCAAGCGGCAAGGAGGUGCAAGAGCUGAGCAGCUCCUGGUCAUGUGCAUCUGGGAUGCUGAGUGUGCAGCCCCAGCCCCUCCUUUCCCUAGCAGCUUCUGUCCCCCCCCCCCCGCUUUCCUGCUGGGAAAGGGAGGUGAGCCUGGAGAUGAAGGAUUCUGGGUCGUUCUUCUUCUCAGGCAACAAAGCUGAAGAGGGAAGAGGAGAACCUGCUCAGGCAGCACUGGGAGCUGGAAGCCCUGGAGGCCAAGCGGAAGUGCCAGGAGCAGGAGAGGAAGAAGACUGAACUUGGGUACGGCUGUUGGAGAGCAGAGGGCAUGAGGGGGUCGGCAGAGGGCACCUGGCUGCCCUGAGAGCUGCUAUUUAGUUCCCUCCCUAGCUAAGUAAGGAUUUGGGAGGUGGUGGUGAGAGAGGAGGGCAGGAAUGGGGGAACCUUUAUUUGGCUGAGGAGAAAUCUGUUGGGUGGAUUCCUGGCAGUGCCAGAGCCAUAAGUGAGGGACACCCCCCUUGUAUCUCAUUCCUUCUUUCCCCUCAUUCCCACUGUAUCUUCCUCCCAGGACACCUGCUUGAAAUUAGGCUUAGGGGUGCAGGGUUCCUAUCCGUGGCUAGGGGAUGGGUCAGCGCCAGUACUUAAUUUCUCAAACAAGAUAUAUUAGGCAGCUGCAAUUUCCACCUUGCCAAAAGUGACCCUGUGGGGUGCCUUUACUUGUGGUGAAAGUGAGGCAGUUUGCACAUACUCAGGGGUGCUGUUUACAUUUUUGUGUAGCUGAAAUGUACUUUUAGCUGCGCUUGAGAACUUAACAAGCUGGGGCAGUUCUGAAGCCCCCCUGCUUGUUUUCUCUGGCUCUUCCUGUGAAUUACAAAGUCUGGCUCUCCUCUUCUCUCUUCUCAGGCACUUUCUGAGGCACCAGUAUCAAGCCCAACUGAAGAGGCGGGCCCAGUGGAUCCAGGAGGAGCUGGUAAGUUGGUGCCCCUGGAAUGCUUUGUGCUUCAGGCCCAGAGCACAGCUGAAGGCUGGUAAGAUGGCUGUCCCAUACUCCUUCAGUUCUGGAGUACAAGGAGCUGCACCCUGUCCAUGGUCAGUGGCACUUGCCUUGAUUGCAUCACAGCCUGUUGCCAAAUCUCAACAUUUUUUGUAAAGCCAACAAUGCUGGAGACGCCUUCCCUGUGGUAUUCCUGCUUUUUUGGCAGCUGUUCUAUUGUUGGCAGCCUGAUCAUCCUCUUUGGUUUGCUAGGCCUUUGCCACCUCCCAUCUCUUCUAGCCACCUUGGCCCUGCCUUAAGGAAGCGGCUGGGCCUCCAUGCCAGAGUACGCCCUUUGCACACAGACGGUCCUGGGCUCUGUCCCCAGCAGCUCUGACUCCAAGGGACUGGAAAGGGCUCUUGUUGGCUUGAGGCCCUGGAGCUCUGCUGGCCCACGGAAGCUUCUCCUGAUCUGCCCUGCAGGAGAAGGACAGGCAGAUCCUCCUGGCGCUGAUGGAACAGGAGGACGAGGACCAGCGCCUGAAGUCUGCCCAGCGGGAGCAAGCGGUGGCUGUCGUGGCCUGGAUGAAGGAGGUCAUUGAGGAGCAGCUCCAGCUGGAAAAAGCACGGGAGGCUGAGCUGGAGACCGUCUUCAGGUGAGGUGGGAGAACGGGAUGGAGGGCGGGCUGUGGAGCAAUUUGCUGCCAGCAUUCCCUUCGGCGGUGUGGCUGAAGCAAAGGCUGCUGGGAAGAGGAGCAAUUGCUUCCCUGUAGCUGACAAACCUCACCCUGCAAAAGUGGCUUAGCUGUUGUGGUUGCGGUGGUGGGGAGACUGCUGGAGAAGAGCAGCCGCCAGCCCAGCCUCCCCCUCCCCCCCGCUUCGCCUAGUGCCCUCCAGGUUCUGCAUCAGCUCCAGCCAGCAUAGCCAGUGGUCCAUUUGUGGGUGGAGAGGGCUCCUAGGAUCUGGCAGGGGAUCUGUGAUGAGCUUGGAGGAAUCUCGUAACUGUGAUUCCUGCAUUGCAGGGGGUUGGGCUAGAUGACCCUUGGGAUCCCUCCUAACUCUGUAGUUCUAUGAUUUCUUUGCGUCAGUGCUCUUCAGUUCUCAAAGCAGCUGAGGGGUCCCCUACUUGUAUGGAGAAAGGCCAUUGUCCUCCAUGACACCUCUAUGGCACUCAAAGUCACUCCCUCCUUUCUCUCCCACCCCACCAAAGGGAGGAAGCCAAGCAAGUGUGGGAGAAGCGAGAACAAGAGUGGGAGAAGGAGCGCAAGGCCCGGGACAGACUCAUGGCUGAGGUGAGCUCUCUGCACCUGGUGCAGAAAGAAUCAAGGCAGGUUGCCUGCGCAGCAGGGACCGGAGCCUGGGCUUCUGCCUCCCUCUCACCUCUUGGUUGAAACAGGUCCUGGCGGAGAGGGAGCGCCAGAUCCAAGAGAGGAUGGAGAGGAACAGGCAGGCGCAGCAGGAAUCGGUGAAGUCCCGGGAGCAGCUGAUCCAGGAGCUUGAAGUGGCCAAGCAGCUGACGCACCGGGAGAAGGAAAAGGAGGCUGCGCUGAAAACUGAGCGCAGGCGGGAGUUGGAAGCGCAGGUAGGUCUUGCUCAGGAGCCAGCUGGCAGCCCCUGUAGGACUUUGUUGUUUAGUCGUUUAGUCGUGUUCGACUCUUUGUGACCCCAUGGACCAGAGCACGCCAGGCCCUCCUGUCUUCCACUGCCUCCCUCAGCUUGAUCAAACUCAUGCUAGUAGCUUCGAGAACAUGUCCCACCAUCUCGUCCUCUGUCGUCCCCUUCUCCUUGCGCCCUCCAUUUUCCCCAACAUCAGGGUCUUUUCCAGGGAGUCUUCUCUUCUCAUGAGGUGGCCAAAGUACUAGAGCCUCAUCUUCACGAUCUGUCCUUCCAGUGAGCACUCAGGGCUGAUUUCCUUCCGAAUGGAUAGGUUUGAUCUUCUUGCAGUCCAUGGGACUCUCAAGAGUCUCCUCCAGCACCAGAAUUCAAAAGCAUCAAUUCUUCAGCGAUCAGCCUUCUUUAUGGUCCAGCUCUCACUUCCAUACAUCACUACUGGAAAAACCAUGGCUUUAUGCUUUUUAAGAUGCUGUCUAGGUUUGUCAUCGCCUUUCUCCCAAGAAGCAGGCGUCUUUUAAUUUCGUGACUGCUGUCACCAUCUGCAGUGAUCAUGGAGCCCAAGAAAGUAAAAUCUCUCACUGCCUCCAUUUCUUUCCCUUCUAUUUGCCAGGAGGUGAUGGGCCCAGUGGCCAUGAUCUUUGUUUUUUUGAUGUUGAGCUUCAGACCAUGUUUUGCGCUCUCUUCUUUCACCCUCAUUAAAAGGUUCUUUAAUUCCUCCUCACUUUCUGCCAUCAAAAACUAAAAGCAGGAGGGGUCCAGACCUUUGGUGUCUGGGUGGGUUUCCCCAAAGUCUAGACAAUACAGGGCAGUUAUCCUCACGUCAGCUACAAGAUGGUCUGCUUCAUCAUUCUGCUUUGUGGUUCCUCUCCCCAGUCAGGAAUGGGACUGUUUUUCCACACAAAAGGGAAGUAGUCAGGCAGAGACGGGAGCAAGAAGUGAAGGACUGAUCAAGGGCUGGGGGCACAGGACCUCAUGCAGCAGGUGAUGACAAAAUGAUGCUCGAAGUUCAAGGCGAGCUGUGCUUAAGAAGAGGGACUUUGAAGGCACAGGCUCACAGGGGGAAGCAGGAGGGUAGGUGGGCUGUCCAGAGAGGACUGCUAACUGUGUGAGCUCUAAUAGUUCACGUGGGCUGUGACGAUGUACCCACCUUGCUGGGUUUCUCCCUCUCCUUUCCCUAUUGCUUUUUCAGCUCACGGAGCGGCAUCGGCAGGAGCAGGAGGAGCUGCAGUGCCAGUGGGAGGAAGCAGCUGAGGCCAAGCAGCAGGAGCAGCGCAACGCAGAGCUGGAGCAACUGGCUGCCAGGCGCAUGAUGGAGCUCGGCUAUCGCAACAAGGUGAGGGGGGCGGAGGCAGCAGCCUAUCAGAACUGGUGCCUCAUGCCAGUCAACAGGGAAUUUCCCCAUCCUGUGGCCAAGAGAAGAGUGAUUCUGUCCCCCGGGUGUUUCUGAAAUGCCUCUUGUGGAUGAGCCAAGCCCUCUAUAUGGGGGAGCAGCCAGCCUGUCUGUCUGGCCUCCUACCACAUGGGUCCUGGACAAGGGAGUCAGGCAUUUCCAAACUGUUUGGGGUUUUGUGCCUGGACCAACAUAUUUGGGGCACAACAAGGCAGCCUUCACCACCUCUUAUUUACACAUUCAGCUGCCUCCCAUCCCAACAGUUCCAUUCAGGGAUCUGCCAGGGGUUGAAGGCAAAGUGUUACCUGCAAGAACUGAAAGCAUUUCUCCUUCUCUGUUCUUUUCCAGAGCUACAGCUAUCCCAAAGCAGCCUGGACCUAA